UACUUUUCUAAAUUUUGUUUACCAACUGGUUGAUGUCUAUGAAUUUAAUUUCUGAUAUCUGAAAAUUAAAAAAGAAAUGCAAUAUUGCAGAUAAAAAAUUUUAUGAAAUUAUGUUUUUUUACAAGGCAGUAUUUAUUAAAUCUAAUUUCGGAAAUCUGAGUUCUUAACCUCUUAACCUCUACUAAGGUUUUUCCAGUCUAUUAAGCUAGUAAAAAAUUAAGUCGAAAAUGACUGUAGACAUGGCUCUACCACUAUUAAAAGAUCCUCAGAUGCAAUUUGGAGCAAUAACAUUUUUUGCCAAACAACACAAAGGGGAUACAUGUGGUAGUAAUGGACUUCCUCUAACUCCAAACUCUAUUAUUAUUGUUGGAAGAGCACAGAUUCUAAAGACAAUUCGCAACCCCUACUUGUGUGAAUAUUUGGAUGUUUUUAGAGGCAAACAUGAGAGGACCAUAGUUUUAUCCCAGUACUGUGGCACACCUAUGACAGAUGUUAUAGAAAGGAACAAAUUUGAAGCCUUACAAAUUAAGCAAAUAGCAUAUCAGGCCUUGGAAGGUUUGAAAAUUCUUCAUGGAAUGAAAAUAGUUCAUCGAACUUUAAGCAAUGAUAACAUUCUUUUGCAGCAAAAUGGAGAUAUUAAGCUGUUUAAUUAUGGGCUUUUUCAUAUGACAGAAUCCGGAUCACUAGUUUCUUUUCCUGUACUACAAGUUCUUUACUCUGCCCCCGAACUAUUCCUGGUAGGCGUAGAGACGUCAUACUCAGAUCCAAAAGUAGAUAUUUGGUCCCUUGGCAUGUGCUUAGCUGAACUUGCCUUAAACAAAUUAUUCUGGAGCACUUUAAAGUUGAGCCAACGGAUUAGAAAAGUUUUAAGUCUGUUGCAAACCGAUACUCCAAUAUUCGAGAAGAUUGCGAGGGAACACAACUGUUAUGAUCAAUAUUUGGUGCUUCCAGAAGAUCUCAAAGAAAUCAUUGACUUAUGUUUAAGCAUUUCUCCAAAUAAGCGUCCAACAUGUAAACAGCUUUUACAAAAAGAAUGCUUUCAGCAGUUCCAUCCAAAACCUGAACAGAAUCCUAUUAGUAAACUAUGUAAACCUUUUCAAAUAUUUACAAUUCAUGAAUUUUACCACUGGUGGCAGCUGGCCGGAGGAGAUGUUUUUCAAGAACUAAAAAAGCAAGGACUUAUUAGGUCUAGUCCACCGAUUUUAUCUGUUCCUAGUCUUGUUCUAAUAGAAGGCACUAUAUUAGGGCAAGAACGUAACCCAUCAACACUAUAUGAUCCAAGAAUAGUCCAAAUGCCAUUAGAUUCCCUAUACCGUCGAUUUUCUCACAUACCUUUUGCAGCCUUUUAUCCAUUGAUUCACAGCAAAUCAGACAUUAUAGCGAAAGCUGAUCCACCGCCAUAUGAUGCCACUGGUUUGCCUUUAGUUAUAAAAGAAAGAGAUCCAGAGUAUCAAUUACAUAGAGUGAUUUUACUUAGACGUUUAUUACAUGGUUAUCCGUUUACCAAGGAGUUUAUAAUAAAUGAAGCUGAGGAGGAUAUUCCACCACUUUUACGUGGAGAAAUCUGGGCGGCUUUAUUAAAUAUAAGAGCUAGUUAUAAAACUGAUUAUUUAAGAGUUGACAAAUUUACACACACCACGACUGAUAGACAAAUAGAAGUCGAUAUUCCUCGUUGCCAUCAGUAUAACGAAUUGCUCUCUUCCGCAGAGGGUCACAAGAAGUUAAAGCGAAUUUUAAAAGCUUGGGUGUCAAAAAAUUCUAAAUACGUAUAUUGGCAAGGAUUAGAUUCACUGACAGCACCGUUUUUGUAUUUACAUUUUAAUGAUGAAGCCAAAGCUUUUGCAUGCUUGUCGGCCUUUAUACCUAAAUAUUUGUACAAUUUCUUCCUUAAAGACAAUUCGGCUAUUAUUGAGGAGUAUUUGUGCAAGUUUUCACAGUUGAUUGCCUUCCAUGAUCCGGAUUUAGCAAAUCAUUUGCACGAAAUAGUUUUUUACCCGCAGCUGUUUGCUAUUCCUUGGUUUCUAACGUUGUUUUCACAUGUAUUUCCUCUUUACAAAAUCCUACAUCUCUGGGACAAACUUCUGCUCUGCGAUUCUUCUUUUCCAAUCCAUAUAGGCUUAUCUAUUUUGACACAACUAAGAGAUAGACUGCUUACCUCUGGAUUUAACGAAUGUAUAUUAUUGUUUUCUGAUCUGCCGGAAGUGGAUAUUGAAAAAUGUGCGUUGUUAUCGCUCUCGACUUACCAGAACACUCCAAGAAGCAUCACCAGCAGAGAGCACGAAAAUGAUUUGUUUAGAAAAAGAACAGAGUUGGAUAUCUCUGGGGUGACACUAGACGAACUCAAGAAGGAAAGAUGUGCAAGAAUCAGCGCUAAUGAUGUUGUAAGCUUAGUUAGAAACCAACCUAGGAACGCACUCUUAAUAGAUAUCAGAAAUAACAUAGCAUUUUCAAGAUGUUCAGUAAAAGGCAGCAUAAACAUUCCAUUUUCAAGUGUACCGUUUAGCGAUAAAAAUAUUGAAAAUCUCGGAAUAAAUUAUUCUCAAAUAAAAUCAAAGGGUGAUAAAAUUGUGGUGAUAAUUGGAGAUGAAGAAACCGACCUUGAGAGGUUUCCAGAAUUUUUACUACAGUGCAAUAUAAGUAAAGUAUGUGUGUUACAUGGCGGAUUUAGCACUCUUUUACCAGUGACGCCGACAAUUUUAACUUCUAACAUUCCGUUAUGAUUUUUUUAAUGCGACCUAUGAUAAGGAUAAAAUAUAAAUUAUUUUAUUUCAUUAUGUUUAAGAUAUCUUUAUAAAUUAAUUUGUAUAAUUUAUUUAUUUAUUAUCUCAUUGUAUUUAUGUAAUAAAAGUGAAUUGAAAACUUA